GGAACCAAGUGCUUGAGUACCGGAAAACGUGCGCGCUGGGCGGAGGAAGUUCGUUCGGCGGCCGUGUUGCCAUGGGCCGGAGGAAGGCACCAGGUUCUGGGUCCCUCGGCCGGGCGCUUAUCCGGCAGCAGACCCAGCGGAGCCGUGGGCACCGUCACACCGACGCCUGGUUGCACACAAGUGAACUCAAUGAUGGCUAUGACUGGGGUCGUCUUAAUCUUCAGUCGGUGACUGAACAGAGCUCCCUUGAUGACUUCCUUGCAACUGCAGAACUUGCAGGAACAGAGUUCGUAGCUGAGAAGCUUAAUAUUAAGUUUGUGCUUCCUGAGGCUAAAACUGGACUGCUGUCUUUUGAGGAGAGCCAGAGAAUUAAAAAGCUCCAUGAAGAAAACAAACAGUUCUUGUGUAUACCAAGGAGACCAAAGUGGAACAAGAAAACUAGCUCCGAAGAACUCAAACAGGCAGAAAAAGAUAACUUUCUAGAAUGGAGACGUCAGCUUGUCCGGCUAGAAGAGGAACAAAAGCUGAUAUUGACUCCAUUUGAAAGAAAUUUGGACUUUUGGCGCCAACUCUGGAGGGUGAUUGAGCGAAGCGAUAUCGUGGUCCAGAUAGUAGAUGCUCGAAACCCACUCCUGUUUAGAUGUGAGGAUUUGGAAUGUUAUGUGAAAGAAAUAGAUGACGAUAAGGAGAAUGUGAUUCUGAUAAAUAAGGCAGACUUGUUGACUUCUGAGCAGCGGAGUGCCUGGGCCACAUACUUUGAAAAAGAAAAUGUGAAGGUGGUUUUCUGGUCAGCUUUGGCUGAAGCCAUCCCACCAAUUGGUGACUCUAAGGAACAAGCAGAUGCAGAUGCUGAAGAAGCCAACAGAACUGACUCUGAAAACUCCAGCUGUGAUGAGGCUGAAAUUCCACAAGGUGAGACUCGACAUCUAGAGAGGGAUCCUCUCUCACUUAGUGAAGUUGUCGCUAGUGAUGGAGACGACAGUGAGUAUGAGGACUGUCAGGAGGAGGAGGAGGAGGACUGGCAGACCUGUUCGGAAGAGGACAGCAACCCUGACGAAGAAGCCUGUGGCCAGGACUGGCAGGAAAGCUGUUUUGUGGAUGACAAGGCUCAGGGCAGGAAAACCCCGCAGAAGAGGCAAACGCGCAAUUUCAGCCACCUGGUAUCAAAGCAGGAGCUACUGGAGAUCUUUAAGCAGCUGCACACUGGGAAGAAGGUGAAAGAUCAGCACCUUACUGUUGGACUGGUGGGCUACCCAAAUGUUGGUAAGAGUUCAACAAUCAACACUAUCAUGGGCAACAAGAAAGUAUCUGUGUCUGCCACACCUGGUCACACCAAGCAUUUUCAGACUCUCUUUGUGGAGCCUGGCCUCUGCUUAUGUGACUGCCCAGGCCUGGUGAUGCCAUCCUUUGUCUCUACCAAGGCUGAGAUGACUUGCAACGGAAUCCUCCCAAUUGACCAGAUGAGAGAUCAUGUUCCACCUAUAUCACUAGUUUGCCAGAAUAUUCCAAGACAUGUUUUAGAAGCUACCUAUGGCAUUAACAUCAUAAAGCCUAGAGAGGAUGAAGAUCCCCAGCGGCCUCCAACAUCAGAAGAACUGCUGACAGCUUACGGAUAUAUGCGAGGAUUCAUGACAGCACACGGGCAGCCAGACCAGCCUCGGUCUGCACGCUACAUCCUGAAGGAUUAUGUCAAUGGUAAACUCCUGUACUGUCAUCCUCCUCCGGGGAGAGAUCCCCUGACCUUUCAGUAUCAACACCAGCGACUACUGGAGAACAAAUGGAAUGGUGGUGAAAUGAAAAUACAGCCAGGUCGGAAUAAAAAAGCAAAACAGAUUGAAAAUGUUGUUGACAAAACUUUUUUCCAUCAAGAAAAUGUGAGAGCUUUGACCAAAGGAGUCCAGGCUGUGAUGGGCUACAAGCCUGGGAGUGGCCUGGUGACUGCAGCUACGGUGAGCUCUGAGAGCGGGGCUGGGAAGCCCUGGAAAAAACAUGGCAACAGAAAUAAAAAAGAGAAAAGUCGUCGACUCUAUAAGCACCUGGAUACAUGAACACAACCGAAGUGGCAUCUGCAUUGCAUCUGGAAAAGAACAGAAGCUGCUCCUGACCUGUGGUGCUACAGGAUGGACCUGCUCUGUGGCCCACAGCCACACCCAGCAGUCACUAGCAAGACCCAGGGCUCCUUGGAGCACCAGCUCUAAGGUAGUCAUCUCGGAGCCCCAGAACCUCCUAUGGGAGGCUGAAUUAAGAUGGGGGAAAGAACGAUGAUUAUUUGUGUAAAUAUACACAAAUGUAUACUAAUUUGUAAGUUGGGAAAUUUUUGAAAAGAUAUUAAAAUUAAAUUGCCACUAACA